AAUGGCAAAAUGCCACGUCAUCAACCCACCCUUCUCUUCUUCUUCCCAAUUGGCUUUCUUCCAUAGCACGGCUCUCUCUCUACAAUUUUCUCUCUCUAAAACCAGUAUUUAUGGGCUUUGAGUUCUUGAAUCUUUUUCUCUUUUUCUUAAUAAUCUCUCAAUCUUUUAGCUUACACCACUUUAUUGUUUCCCUUUCUUCCAUGCUCUCUACCUUUCCAUUUCUUUAUAACUUCCCCAUACCUUUCAUUUCCAUUCCAUUCCAACUCUACUCUCAUUCCAUUCACAACCCUCUCUCUCUCUAACCCUCUCUCUCUCUCUAGCUUGAAGUUCUAAAUUCACAUAGAUCUAAUCAAGAUUCAUAGAUUCUUGAAUACUUUUGAUCUUUUUGUGUUAUUAAAAGUUGAAGAUUUUUCAAGGGUUUAGUAUGAUGAUGGGGACUUACUCUGGAAUUGGAAAAGAAGAUGAUCAAUUGUUUCUACCUCCUGGAUUCCGAUUCCACCCGACCGAUGAGGAAUUGAUCACUCAUUACUUGAUCAAGAAGGUUAUUGACAAUAACUUCUCUGCUAAAGCAAUUGGAGAAGUGGACAUGAAUAGAAUUGAGCCAUGGCAACUUCCUGGGUUGGCGAAAAUGGAAGGAAAAGAAUGGUAUUUUUUCUGUGUGAGGGAUAAGAAGUACCCGACCGGGUUAAGGACGAAUAGAGCGACUGAGGCGGGUUACUGGAAAGCGACUGGAAAAGAUAAGGAGAUUGUUCGUGGAAAAGCGUUGGUCGGAAUGAAGAAAACUUUGGUUUUCUAUAAAGGACGAGCACCAAAGGGGGAAAAGACUAAUUGGGUUAUUCAUGAAUUUAGAUUAGAGGGUAAAUCCUCUGUUCAAGUACCAAAAUCAACCAAGAAUGAGUGGGUGAUUUGCCGUGUUUUUCACAAGAAUUCCGGUGAGAAGAAGCCUAAUUCCGGUGGAAAUGGGCUGCCGCAAUUGACGGAAUCUUCAACAUCAAGCGGUAGUGGUGGCGUGGUGAUCAAGUCCGAUUCGCUUCACGUACCCUGCUUCUCCAACUCAAUCAACAUUCAACCCCUACCAAACAAUAUUCUCAACAAUCCUAAUUACCCUCUUGAUCACAAUUCCAAUGGUAAUGGUAAUGGUAAUGGUAAUUACAUUUCUCCGGCUUCUCAAUCGGUUCACGCGGUGCACGAUAGCAUCCAUUCCCAAUUUCAAUUCCAAUUCCAAUCCGGAUACACAUUUCCUACCCCAAACCAAACAUACCUCAACUCUUUCCGAAUGGGGAAAGAACUCGAUACGCGCUCACAAGAAACCGCGAUGAGCAGUGAGAUGAACCCGGAGAUCUCAUCCGUUAUGCCGGAUUUGGGAAAGAGGGCAUUUGAUGAUCAAGAAGCUCCUUCGACUUCGGUUGGACAGAUCGACAUGGAUUGCAUUUGGGACUAUUGAUUCGGGUUCGAUAACUAUGAAGAUGAAGAUUAAGAUGAUUGUGUUGAAUGUGAAAGGUGUAAUUGAGUGUUUAAUGCAUAGAAUUUUCUGAUGCCUGAGAUGAAUGAAUAUUUUCAGGUGAUGAAGAAACAGUCAUAAUGUAAGAGAUGACAUGGUAAUUACUAAUUAGUAUUUUGAAUA